AUGGAAGAGGAAGAAACAGUAAAGAUAGAGGACAGAGUACAGAAAGUGGAAGAAGAAGAGGUGGAGAAGGAAGGGAUGGAGAUGGGGAAGAAAGGGAGUCAUGAGGAGGGGAAAGAAAAGAUAGAGAAGGAAGAAGAGAAGAUAGAGAAAGAGGAGGAGAAAAGGAAAAAUGAGGAGUAGCUGUAGGAAGAGGAGGAUAAAGUGAGGAAGCAGAGAGGAGGAGAUGGAGGAGGGAGAGGAAUAAGGGAGGCAUCAGAAGAGAUACAGGAGGAGAAGAUAGAGGAAGAGACAGAAGAAGUGGAGAAGGAGGAAGUGCUGGAGGCAGAGGAAGAAGAGAUAAAGGAGAAAAAGGAGGAGAAGGGGUAG